UUCGUCUUUCUCAAGCCGCCGCCGAACAAUUCCACACACAGAAUUAGCGAUGGGGCGAAGACCUGCAAGGUGUUACCGCCAGAUUAAGAACAAGCCUUACCCAAAAUCACGGUUUUGCCGUGGUGUCCCAGAUCCAAAGAUCAGGAUCUACGAUGUGGGUAUGAAGAGAAAGGGAGUUGAUGAAUUUCCUUUCUGUGUGCACUUGGUAAGUUGGGAGAAGGAGAAUGUUUCAAGUGAGGCACUUGAAGCUGCUCGUAUUGCUUGCAACAAGUACAUGACCAAGUCUGCUGGAAAGGAUGCUUUCCACCUCAGGGUUAGGGUUCACCCAUUCCAUGUUUUGCGAAUUAACAAGAUGUUGUCAUGUGCUGGGGCUGAUAGGCUCCAAACUGGUAUGAGAGGAGCUUUUGGUAAGCCGCAGGGAGUCUGUGCCCGUGUUGCUAUUGGUCAGGUUUUGCUCUCAGUUCGCUGCAAAGAUGGCAAUGCUAACCAUGCUCAAGAGGCUCUUCGCCGUGCUAAGUUUAAGUUCCCUGGCCGACAAAAGAUCAUUGUCAGCAGAAAGUGGGGGUUCACUAAGUUCAGCCGUACUGAUUAUUUGAAGUACAAAUCUGAGAAUCGUAUUGUCCCAGACGGUGUCAACGCCAAGCUUCUUGGCUGCCAUGGACGACUUGCUGCACGUCAACCUGGAAGAGCUUUUCUAGAAGCUGCAAACUGAAGUUGCAGAAUUUACGAAUCUGAACCUUUAGUUUUCUACUUCCGCUGAAUGAAAUUUUGUGUCCUAGUUUUGAACCAUUACAUAAGUUGUUUUACCGCUCUGAAUGUUUUACCUUUUCAAAAUAUAAUGAUCGACUUUUAUUUAAAUGAUGAGUUUUAAUUUUCA